GUCUUUUUUCUCAUCUAUUGAAUCUCAGAGUUUGCCGUGUUGCGCGGCCCAAGGGAAGACCACAUAGAACACACAGAAUGCUACGACCAUCGAACGUUCCAAGCGGCAGUUUUGUAGAUGGGAAUCGAUGUUUCCACUUUGCCUUUUAAGAUAAAUAACUUUUUUGAAGAGAAACGGUGAAUGUGCGAAGCGGUGGAGACCUCCGGAUCACGAAAUGUUGGGAUGGAAGGUGCAGACUUUGACUCGCCGUCUCCAACAGCAGUAUGAAGUACUUUACGGGUGUGAGAUCACCGAGAGUGAAACUUUGUUGCCUUGGGACAUUACUACACGCUUUCGGGGAAAUAUUAUAACGUGUAAUAGCGCGAAGUCUCCGCAACAUGGCCUCGGCUGCUAAUGCCUCCUCCGAGCAGGAAAACAGGGACCCCGAUCGGCCGAGGAUAACGCGGAGGAACAGGGGGAACUAUCGCACAACAGCGCCGGAUUUGGAGUAUUUGCAGCGACCAAGUUACUGCGAUGCAGCUUUCGCCUUGGAGCAAAUAUCCGAGGGGAAGGCGACUGGAAGAAAAGCACCGCUGUGGCUGAGGGCGAAGUUCCAGAGACUAUUGUUUAAGUUGGGCUGUUACAUACAAAAGAACUGCGGAAAGUUUUUGGUUGUGGGCCUCUUGAUAUUCGGAGCUUUCGCUGUUGGCUUACGGGCGGCGAAUCUGGAAACCGACGUGGAGAAACUCUGGGUAGAAGUGGGCGGCAGGGUGAAUCAGGAGCUGAAGUACACGCGUCAGAAGAUGGGCGAGGAGGCCAUGUUCAGUCCCCAGCUGAUGAUCCAGACGCCGCGGCAGGAGGGCGCCAACGUGCUCACUGUGGAGGCUCUGCAACAGCACCUGGAUUCAGCUAUCAGGGCCAGCCGAGUGCACGUUUACCUCUUUAACAGACAAUGGAAAUUGGAACAUUUAUGCUACAAAUCAGGAGAACUUGUUACCGAAGCUCAUUUUAUGGACCAGAUUAUUGAGAAGCUGCACCCCUGUCUCAUCAUCACGCCCCUGGACUGUUUCUGGGAGGGAGCCAAGCUCCAGUCUGGAAUGUUCUACCUCCCUGGAAAGCCCCCUCUGCAGUGGACCAACUUUGACCCCAAGGAGUUCCUGACGGAGCUGCGGACUCUGAAGUUCCAGGUGGACAGCUGGGAGGAGAUGCUGGAGAAGGCUGACGUGGGACACGGCUACAUGGACCGGCCCUGUCUCAACCCCCAAGACCCCGACUGUCCCCUCACGGCUCCCAACAAGAACACCACCAAGCCCUUUGACGUGGCUCGCGUCCUGACUGGCGGAUGCCAUGGCCUCUCCAGGAAGUACAUGCACUGGCAGGAAGAGCUGAUCGUAGGGGGGACCACCAAGAAUGGCACUGGACCACUACUCAGUAUGCACGGCCACUACUGCAGUGUGUGUUCUAUAGCUGCUCUUCCCAUGGGGCUGUCCAGGCUGCCGCCGGUCAUGGUCGUCUCCGCUGCUGCUUGCAGAACAUUUAGCUGCCUGGCCUCUCUGCAGCGGCCCACGGUGGUACUACCCACGAAGCCUACUGCCUACAUCACCUUUACAAGCUGCUGCCACUUUCAUUACCCAGAAUGCAAGCUAAAGUCAGCCCAGGAUCACUGUAGCAUAAUAGUAAUAUCCUUUUGCUUCCAUUGCCUCUGGGGAGUUGGCAUGGGUGUGUGUGUGUGUGUGUGGAUGUGUGUGUUUUCCAGAAAUCCCGGUUGGAGGAUUCUUGGAUUUCCUGCUUAUUCCAUCCUGAUUCCUUGGGAUCUGCCAACCAGGAUUUCUGGAAAACCUGGGCAUUUUGGGAUCGUUAACAGACUUGUUGCCCAGGCAUUACAGACCAUGUUCCAGCUGAUGACUCCUAAGCAGAUGUUUGAGCACCUGAAGGGUUAUGAAGAGGUGUCCCAUAUCAACUGGAACCAAGACAAGGCUGCAGCCAUACUGGAGGCCUGGCAGAGGAAAUACUCAGAGGCAGUACAGCAGAGUGUAGCCGUCAACUCGUCUCAGAAGGUGUUGUCGUUUACCACCACCACUCUGGAAGACAUCCUCAAGUCUUUCUCUGAUGUCAGCGUCAUACGAGUGGCCAGCGGCUACCUGCUGAUGUUGGCCUAUGCGUGUCUGACCAUGCUACGUUGGGACUGUGCUAAGUCUCAGGGAGCUGUAGGACUGGCCGGUGUCCUGUUGGUGGCGCUGUCUGUGGCUGCAGGCCUGGGGCUCUGCUCUCUGUUGGGCAUAUCCUUCAACGCUGCCACCACACAGGUGCUACCAUUCCUGGCACUGGGUGUGGGUGUGGAUGAUGUGUUUCUCCUGGCCCACGCGUUCAGUGAGACGGGACAGAACAAGAAGAUCCCCUUUGAGGACCGUACGGGGGAGUGUUUGAAGAGGACAGGAGCAAGUGUAGCUCUCACCUCCAUCAGUAACGUCACUGCCUUUUUCAUGGCAGCCCUCAUCCCAAUACCUGCCCUACGAGCCUUCUCUCUGCAGGCUGCGGUGGUGGUGGUGUUUAACUUUGCCAUGGUACUGCUCAUCUUCCCUGCCAUCCUCAGUAUGGACCUGUAUCGCAGAGAGGACCGGCGCUUUGACAUCUUCUGCUGCUUCUACAGCCCGUGUGCUAACAGGGUGAUCCAGAUCGAGCCCCAGGCUUACCUGGAUGGAGCAGAUGGCAGUCACUACAGCUCCCCUCCUACCACCUUCCGCACCCCCCCUCCCUCCUACAGCAGCCAUGGUUUCUCCCAGCAGACUCAGAUCACCAUGCAGUCUACCGUCCAGCUGAGGACAGAGUACGACCCCAGGACUCAGGCCUUCUACACUACGGCCGAACCCAGGUCCCAGAUCUCCGUACAACCGUUUACACCCGCAGCCAACAACCCCAACGCCAACAACCCCAACGCCAGUCAUGGUGUUCAUGGCAACAACAACCACCAUAGCAACCAUCACAGCCGGAGUGGGAGUAGCAGUAGUCACGGCAACCUGAACAACAACAACGGUGGGCGUGGUUCCGGCUCAGUCCCGUUCCCUCCUCCCCCAUCCUCCUCUGGCGUUCCCCCUGUCACCCCCCUGGCGGGGGAGGGGGUGUGUGUGUCGGGGGAGAGUGCCAGCUCCACCAGGGAUCUGCUGUCCCAGUUUGGAGAGGCCUCUCUGGGGCUGCGCUGUCUGGAGCCCCCCUGCUCCCGAUGGACCCUGGCCUCCUUCGCAGAGAAACACUACGCUCCCUUCCUACUGCAGCCCACCACCAAGGUGGUAGUCAUCCUGCUGUUCCUGGUCCUGCUGGGGGUCAGUCUGUACGGGACCACACGGGUACGGGACGGGCUGGAGCUGACCGACAUCGUUCCCAGGGAGACCAGCGAGUACGACUUCAUCGGGGCCCAGUUCAAGUUCUUCUCCUUCUACAACAUGUACGUGGUGACCCAGCGGGCGGAGUACUCCCAGGCCCAGCCCCUGCUCUACCAGCUGCACUGCCGCUUCAACACGAUCCGCUACGUACUGAGGGAGGACAACGGCCAGCUGCCACUCAUGUGGCUCCACUACUUCAGGGACUGGCUGCAAGGUCUGCAGGCAGCGUUUGAUCAGGACUGGGAGGCGGGUCGGAUCACACAGAGCAGCUACAGGAACGGUUCAGACGAUGGGGUCUUGGCCUACAAACUACUGGUACAGACCGGACGCAGGGACAAGCCCAUCAACUUCAACCAGCUGACGAGGCAGCGCUUGGUGGAUGCGGAUGGCAUCAUCAACCCGGGGGCGUUUUACAUCUACCUGACGGCGUGGGUCAGCAACGACCCGGUGGCGUACGCAGCCUCGCAGGCCAACAUACGGCCACACCCCCCAGAGUGGCUCCACGACCGCACAGACUCCAUGCCCGAGACACGCCUCAGCAUUCCUGCCGCCGAGCCCAUCGAAUACGCACAGUUUCCCUUCUACCUCAACGGGCUCCGCGAGACCCCCCAGUUUGUGGAGGCCAUCGAGUCGGUGCGGGCCAUCUGCAGUAACUACAGCCGCCAGGGCCUGCCCAGCUACCCCAACGGCUACCCCUUCCUCUUCUGGGAGCAGUACGUAGGCCUCAGACACUGGCUGCUGCUCUCCAUCAGCGUGGUGCUAGCCUGCACCUUCCUCGUCUGUGCCCUCUUCCUGCUCAACCCCUGGACCGCCGGUAUCAUCGUCCUGGUCCUCUCUCUGAUGACCGUGGAGCUGUUUGGUAUGAUGGGGCUGAUAGGGAUCAAGCUCAGUGCUGUUCCUGUGGUCAUCCUCAUCGCCUCUGUGGGCAUCGGAGUAGAGUUUACUGUCCAUGUGGCUCUGGCAUUCCUCACAGCGAUAGGGGACCGUAACAGGCGGGCAGUGCUGGCGUUAGAACACAUGUUUGCUCCGGUUUUGGACGGAGCCUUCUCUACUCUACUAGGAGUCCUCAUGCUAGCAGGCUCCGAGUUUGACUUCAUCGUCAGGUAUUUCUUUGCUGUGCUGGCCAUCCUGACAGUUCUGGGGGUGCUGAAUGGUUUGGUCCUUCUUCCUGUGUUGCUGUCCUACUUCGGCCCCUAUCCAGAGGUGACCCCUGUGGAUGGGCGUAGCCAGUUACCCACCCCUUCCCCGGAGCCUCCUGCUCACGUGGUCCGCUUCUCAGUCCGCCCACGCCACACCACCACCGGCACGGGGACAGGAACGGGCUCUGACUCGUCCGACUCUGAGUACAGCUCCAACACCACGGUAUCAGGCAUCAGCCAGGAGAUGCAGCAGUACGACCUCCCUGCCACUAGGGGCAGAGCUGGGAGAACAGAGGACAUGCAGUACGGCAUCCAGACCAGCAGGGGCAGAGCUGUUAGAACAGAGGAGGUGCGACUAGGAGCAGGGCCAAGAAGGACAGCUAGACAAGGAGAUGCCACAGCCUACUCUGUGUCUUCUUCGGUCCUGCCGGAGUCAGGGGCCCACCCUGGUGCAUCCCGUCGCUUCAGCAAAAGGGACCUACAGUCGCUGCCCCCAGCACGCCCGCGCAUGGACGCUUUUGAAACUGCUACUGAGGCCGGAGGCCAUUACAGCUCCGGAGGCCAUUUUGGCUCGGGCGGCCACAGAGAACGCUCCGCGGGGCACAGGACCCGUCCAUCCCACAACCCCCGGCCCAAUCACCACCAACCUCACCACCCUAACCCUAACCCCGCCCCUACUUACUGUCAGCCAAUCACCACGGUAACGGCCUCUGCGUCAGUUACCGUCGCCGUCCACUCUGCCCCUCCCCCCACUCAGAGCCCCACUUCCUCUUACCCAGGACACACUGCAGCAAACAGUUACCACACAGCAGGCGGCGCGGAGCCGGUGCCUGCCUUCCAGGACCCCCAUGUGCCAGUGGAGGUCCAUAUCAGCCACAGAGGAGCCAAGAUGGAGGCCAUGGAGCUCCAGGAUGUGGAGUGUGAGGCAGCUGAGAGCGACAGUGGCAAGAGGGCAAGCUGAGUGGAGGAGAGCAGAAGUACAACGGCCAAAGGUGGACUCCCUCUCUCACUCAGCGGCCCACAGCGCAGCGACACACAGGACCCAGUGGUGGCUAGCGCCCUUGGUGCUCAAUCUGACUGGAACCCAGUGGAUGUUUGUUUCAGAUAUCUCUAUCCAUAUUUAAAAGAUGUACACUCAUGUAAAUAUGAAAACAAAAAUAGCUAUAAUUUAGGAGCUGUUCAACUCCUUUUUCAACAGACUGGGGACGUCAUUUUGUAUGGCGUGUGUGUGUGUGUGUGUGUGUGUGUGUGUGUGUGUGUGUGUGUGUGUGUGUGUGUGUGUGUGUGUGUGUGUGUGUGUGUGUGUGUGUGUGUGUGUGUGUGUGUGUGUGUGUGUGUGUGUGUGUGUGAUAUCUCUGAUUUUACUGUUCACUCAUCUGUGGAUCUGUGCCAUGAGGAAACUUCAUCUGGACAAUACAUUUCAGCAUUCAUUGUUGCUGCUUAAGAUAUUUUGGUAGUGAUGUAUGAUAACUGUGUACAUUAACUUGUAUAAUAACUCUAUGCAAAUGUUCCUUUUACGUUAUAAAGAGGUGAGCGAGUGUGCAAAGGUGAUUGCGUGUUUGCGUGCGCGGGUAAAUCAUCAGAUCCAUCUCUCAAGAAAUAGGCUAACGAUCACGUCAUGUGAAGCGUUACACAAUAACCACACGGAGAUUGCGUGUGUGUGUGUGUGUGUGUGUGUGUUUGUGUAUAAAGGUCCGCUUUUUUUUUUUUACGAUUAAUAUGCUUAUCACAAACCUGUGGUAGUUAUGAAACAAUUACUGUUGAACUCUGACUCACGCUAUGCGUGCUAUUUAAGACGAGCAGAUUAUGAAGAAGAUAUGCAGCUGUGUUGUUUGUGACUGUCCCUGCGUAGUAGCUUCCGUAUCGUCUCUGCUCUGAGCUCUUGUGUUGCUGUCUGGUUGUCUGGGGAUUGUUUUACUGUAAAAGGCCAUGCGUGCCUUGGCUGUCCCUCGGACUCAAUUGCCCAUCUCCCCUUUUCUCUGGUGAUGUCAUAGCUCUCGGCAGCCAUCUUAUAGUAGCAUGAGUGGGCAUGAAAGUAUCACUCCUGUAGCUAAUGCAUAUUACAGUUGGAGUAGGAAAUCCAUGGUAGCUAGUCAAAGCCAUUAUGGAGGAUAUUUUUUUCCUUUUUUUCUAUCUCGUGAAUGCAACUUCUGUUAUUCUAACUGUAAAUAUACAGUUUUCGUCAACAGUUUGGACACACCUACUCAUUCAAGGAUUUUCUUUAUUUGUACUAUUUUCUACAUUGUAGAUAAAUAGGGAUACAUCCAAACGGUGAAAUAACACAUAUGGAAUCACGUAGUAACUCAAAAAGGGUUCAAUAAAUCCAAAUAUAUUUUAUAUUUGAGAUUCUUCAAAGUAGCCACCAAGCUGAUGACAGCUUUUCACACUCUUGGCAUUCUCUCAACCAGCUUCACCUGGAAUGCUUUUCUAACAGUAUUGAAGGAGUUCCUACAUAUGCUGAGCACUUGUGGACUGCUUUUCCUUCACUCUGUGGUCCACGUCAUCCCAAACCAUCUCAAUUGGGUUUAGGUUGGGUGAUUGUGGAGGGCAGGUCAUCUGAUGCAGCACUCCAUCACUCUCCUUGGUCAAAAAGCCCUUACACAGCCUGGAGGUGUGUCGGGUCAUUGUCCUGUUGAAAAACAAAUGAUAGUCCCACUAAGCACAAACCAGAUGGGAUGGCGUAUUGCUGCAGAAUGCUGUGGUAGCCAUGCUGGCUGGUUAAGUGUGUCUUGAAUUCUAAAUGAAUCACUGACAGUGUCACCAGCAAAGCACCCCACACACCAUCACACCUCCUCCAUGCUUCACGGUGGGAACCACACGUGGAUAUAAUCCGUUCACACACUCUGCGUCUCACAAAGACAGAGCGGUUAGAACCAAAAAUGUCAAAUUUGAACUCAUCAGACCAAAGGACAGAUUACCAACGGUCUAAUGUCCAUUGGUUGUGUUUCUUGGCCCAAGCCAGUGUCUUCUUUUUAUUGGUGUCCUUUAGUAGUGGUUUCUUUGCAGCAAUUUGACCAUGAGGGCCUGAUUCACACAGUCUCCUCUGAACAGUUGAUGUUGAUAUUUGUCUGUUACUUGAACUCUGGUUACUUGAACUCUUGAGGUUGGUAACUUUAACUUAUUAACUUAUUCUCUGCAGCAGAGGUAACUCUGGGUCUUCCUUUCCUGGUUUUUGCGACUGCGCUUGAAGAAACUUUCAAAGGUCUUGAAAUUUUACGAAUUGACUGACCGUCAUGUCUUUAAGUAGUGAUGGCCUUUUGUUUCUCUUUGCUUAUUGGAGCUGUUCUUCCCGUAAUAUGGACUUGGUCUUUUACCAAAUAGGGCUAUCUUCUUUAUACCACCCCAUACCUUGUCACAACACAACUGAUUGGCUCAAACGCAUUAAGAAGGAAAGAAAAUCCACAAAUUAACUUUUAAUAAGGCACACCUGUUAAUUGAAAUGCAAAGGGUGGCUACUUUGAAGAAUCAAAGAUAUAAAAUAUAUUCAGAUUUGUUUAACACUUUUUUGGUUACUACAUGAUUCCAUAUGUGUUAAUUUCAUAGUUAACUUUGAUGUCUUCUACAAUGUAGAACACAGUCAAAAUGAAGAAAAACAUUUGAAUGAUUAGGUUUUUCCAAACUUUUGACUGAUACUGUACAUACUAUCUCUAGUGAUAAGCUACACCUAGAAUACUACCCUACUCAGCCUGACACUUGACUGCAUUACACGUUUCAUUCACAAGAAAGCCUUGCUCUCUCUCCAUCCCCCUCUUUCUUCCUCUUCGUCCAAUAAGCUGCCCGUCUAGAGAGCUAAAGGGUUAAGCACUAUCUGGUCUAACAAUACUUGGUGUGUGUGUGUGUGUCUGUGUCUGUGUGUCCGUCUUCCUCUCUCUCUGUCCUCCUCAGUGACAGCAAAGACAACUGGCCCUAAUUUAGCCCAGCCGUCCCUACUGACCUCACCUCGUAAAAAUCCAAAACAUAACGCCAUGACACUAAUUGGAAGUUCCCCCUCAACUGCCAAAUGGCACAGGCCAGAGCCUCAGGGGUCAGGGUUCACCAAGCCACCCCCUCACGAUCGGCCCGGUGUGUGAGUGUGUCAAUCGCGUCUUGUCUAGCACCCCCAUACACCACCCACCCUCCCGCUCACACACAUAUCCCAACCCCCCCCCCCCCCCCCCCCCUAACCUUCCAUACACACAGACUUCCUGUCCAACACGUGUAGCUACGUGUGUCAUUUUCUCCCAGGAGUCUUAACUGUGUCGUUAGUAUCCCCCUCCAUUGUCCAUAUGUCGUGUCAGCUGCUUGUGUGAAAAUCUUUUUUCCGUUUGUUGGUUUAUUUGUUUUUAUUUUCUCCUGAUGUCACAUUGGCAGUAAUGGAGAGAAAUCAUGGCGGGCAACUAUUUUCUUCAUUUUUGAAAUGUUUUUUUUUUUUUCGACGUUUGGAUUUGCGAUAUUUAUAUUUUUGGUGUUAUAAGAUGUUUUUUUGUUUGUUUUUUGUUUUCUUUCGUUAUUGGUCAUCAAUGCCAGUGGAUAACAAAUGCAGGGAUUUUUUUUAUGUCUAUUGAGAAACACUAUUACAGUUAUUGUUUCGACAUGAAUGGUGUUUCGAUCUGUACAAAGUGCUUACUAAUGUUAAGUAGGGAAACAAGAGUAUAUAGCAUUUACACUACAAGACUCACCGUAGCUCUUAGAGGAUUCUAAAAGGAAAGAACAUCUAUGAUUUUCUGUAGACUUCCAUUUGGUCUUUGUUUGGCGAGGAUAUAUAUUGUUUCAGUUACAAAGAUAAAUGUAUGCCAUAUCAUUUAUUUAUAUGAAAAUUUAUUUUUGUAGUAUACAUAGUAGUUGUCAAGUUAUUUUGACGGAAGUAUAUUUUUAAAGAGUUUAUAUGUAAUGAUACCAUAACAGAGAAAAUCCUAAGGUGGACUCUUACACUGAUAACAUUGACAGUCAGUAUUAUCUAUCAUAGGGGAGAGAAAACUCAGCAAGCUGUUUGUAUGGGUUUGUCAAAGGCUGGCCAUGAAAGUAGAAGUUGUACCAGCUCUCUAAAUAUUAAAUGUUCAAACACUGAUAGAAUUCUAACAAAUAAAAUAAAAAGAUUAUAA